AUGGCUCCUCCAGCACCCUUCUUCCUCAACCACCUCGCGAGCCUCUACGACACCUACAUCCUCCCCCACCUCCCGGACCCUCUCCAAUCCCUCUCGACCAACAUCUCUCCCUUCCUCCACUCCAUAUUGUCGGCCGCGUCGAACGGAGACAUCGUCUCGCUCGCCGCGUUCCUAUUGACAGUCUACCUCUCCCUCAAGAUCGCAGACUACAUCCGCCGCAGCGUGAUCGGGUGGGUUGUCUUUCUCGUCAAGAUCGUCGUGGUAUUGGUGCUGGCGCAGGCCGCGCUUUACGUCAAUCGGAAUGGCAUUCAAAAGGCGCUCGGUGAUGCGGAGUGGGUGAUUGGAUUGCUCUGGGGGUUCGUGGAAGGGAAGGUCGUGGGGAAUAGCCACACGGGGGAUAAUGGGACUGGAAGCGGCCAUCUCAAUGGCGCGUGGAGUAAUAAUCGGCAGACGGGUCCUGUGGGACGAGGAAGACAAAAGGGGAGGAGCGGGUGGGCGUGA